AAGUUGCUUAAUUAGUUUAGUUUAAUUAGAUUCUCUUUCCUCAAAUUCAUUAUUGUUAAACUUUGAAGGUUUAUCCUGGGAAAUGAGGUGGUGGUGUUGAGGCUGAUAUGAUGGCUGCCAAUGAACUCAAUGCUCAUGCAUUCCUCCAGAGCAGUCCAAGAGGUAUAUGUAAGAAUAUCCUAUUACUUCUUGGUCGAUUUGAGACAAAAACUGGGGAGAAGUGGCUUGCUUUUCGUAAUGAUGGAAAGUAUAAUGCGGCAGAUUAUGCAAAAAUUACAAGUGAGCAAAUAUCAAGAACUCGCUCUCUCGGAGAAAAGUCACUUGGUCCUUCUGAGCAGAAUCAAACAAUUAAAAGCAGAAGGCAUUUUGUUGUUAAGAUACUCCAAGGUGCCAUGAGUGGAUUAGCCUACAUGCAUCAUCACGAUAGAUUGCAUCAGAGUCUUGGACCAGCUUCUGUUGUUCUCAAUACCAUAAUAGAGAGUGAUGCUCCUUACUUAGUAUCAAGAGUUCGGGAUCUAGCCUUUUCUGUUGACAUCAGGUUUUCAAAUUUGGAAGAAGAUCCAGGAAGACUUGCGGAGGGACUUUGGAGGAGAGCAUUUGCUGCUGGUGCCAUCACACCUAUGGAGAAAAGAGCCUUUGGAAUUGCAGAUGAUAUAUACGAAGCAGGUCUUCUUUUUGCAUACUUGGCUUUUGUUCCAUUUUGUGAAGCAGGAACCAUGGAUAGCCUUUCUUUGCAACGGCUUUUGGAAAGCACCUUCCAACUUGAUGUCAUGGCUACAAGAGAGUAUUGUUUAGCUGAUGACCGCUUGCUAGAAGCUGUCAAAUUUCUGGAUCUCAGUAAUGGUGCUGGUUGGGACCUGCUUCAGGCAAUGCUGAAUCCUGACUUUAGAAAACGGCCAAUUGCAGAAUCUGUUCUCAAUCAUCGAUUCCUGACUGCUGCUGUUCAUAGUUCCAAAGAUUGAACCAACAUAACAUGAUUAACAUCUUUUUGUCAGCACAUGUUUCUUUGAGUGAGUUCAAAUUUUAUUUAAGAACUAUUUCUUUUCUUCGUUGGAGGACUAACUCUUCAGAAUGUAUAAUUACUUAACCGCAAAUCUCUUCUAGAGUUGUUUCAGGAUACCGAAUUGCUAUAUU